GCUACAUAUGUCGCAGAUUAUUGACGUCAUCUCUUUUGCCAAAAGUCUUCGGAUCACCAGAGAAAACCACGCAUUCAGCCUGCUGUUGAGAGGUUUAAGUACUCUGACGGAGCCUUCUGCAUUAAAAUAAUGUCUUCACUUCUCAAAGUUGACAAGGAAGUCAAAGUCAAGGUGGAUGCGUUCAGGGAACAGAUUACAGCAGAGGCAGAGGACCUUGUCGCAAGCUUUUUCCCCAAGAAGCUGCUGGAACUAGAUGCCUUUUUGAAGGAACCUAUAUUAAAUGUACAGGACUUGAAGGAGAUUCAAUCUGAGCUCAACGUGAUUGUGCCUGACCCUGUUGUUUUCACCAACAGUCAUGACUGCAUGGAUGUGCAAAAUGCCAAAAAGAGAAAACUGGAAGAUGGAAUUGGAGAUGACAACAUCCAUGGCUCCAAAGGCCUUGCAGUGCCAGGAGGCAUGCUGAAGUGUAACGCUCGGCUGGUCGACCUGAUAGAGCGAGUAAAGCCAGAGAUUCGCACUCUUAUUGAGAAAUGCAACACCGUCAAAAUGUGGGUUCAGUUGCUUAUUCCCAGAAUAGAAGAUGGCAACAACUUUGGUGUUUCUAUUCAGGAGGAGACGGUAGCUGAAUUAAGAACCGUAGAGGGAGAAGCUGCCUCCUAUCUGGAUCAGAUCUCCAGAUAUUAUAUAACCAGAGCAAAACUAGCCUCAAAAAUUGCCAAAUAUCCACACGUGGAGGACUAUCGACGCACUGUGUCUGAAAUUGAUGAGAAGGAGUACAUCAGCCUCAAGAUAAUUGUGUCAGAACUGCGAAAUCAAUAUGUGACGUUGCAUGAUAUGAUCUUGAAGAACAUUGAGAAGAUCAAGAGGCCGAGAAGCAGCAACAAUGAAGCCCUCUACUGACCUUUGACCUAUGUCCAAGCAGUCCUAGCCAGUUCUGCAGGUUCCUUGCUUAGGGGUCUCUGUGCUGUGGAUGGUCACCUUCUUUGAGGUGGUGGACUCGUGAUACUAAACUUGAGCCAGAUACAGUUAUGGCUCCAAGGCUGCUUAAAAACCAAACCUUUUGAAAAUACAUACACAAACACAAACAUUUCUCUUACCCCAUUUCCUCAAAUGUAGAUGUAACUCAUGAACUGAAAUGGAAAGUCAGCCUGUAACUGCUGGGUCUGUCGGAUCAAGCUGGCUUGAACUGGACUUUAUGUGGCACCACCUCUUGUGUAGGAGGAUGCAUAAAAAUGAUUUAUUUUCUUCAUUGAAAGUAACCAUGUAUGUUCAGUGUCAUUGCUUAGUGAAUCUGCCCAAGUUUUAUUUAAUAUUUUUGUUACUUUUUUCCUUGUGUGUCUGUGUGUGUGUCUGUCUGUCUGUCUGUGUGUGUGUGUCUGUCUGUCUGUCUGUGUGUGUGUGUGUGUGUGUGUGUGUGUGUGUCUCUGUCUGUCUGUGUGUGUGUCUGUCUGUCUCUGUGUGUGCCUGUCUGUGUGUGUGUGUGCCUGUCUGUGUGUGUGUCUGUCUGUCUGUCUGUGUGUGUGUGUCUGUCUCUGUCUGUGUGUGAGUAACUGACCAGUACUCAAAUUACUUGUCAACUCCUUGUAAAAAAAAGUUGUAGAAUACUUGUAAUUGACAAAUUGGUGUGGGAUGCUGCACAUGCAGUGGUUAUGUCAAAAAUCAAGUAAACCAAAAAAAGCAGUAUGUAUUUCUGACCAGGCCCAAUGUCAUUUUCACACACAGAGCUGUUUGGUCUUGUUUUAAGAUUUAAGAAUUAUUUUACAUAAUAAAAUUAUUUUAUGAUGA